CAUUUCCGAUUCGUGUUUUGUGGUAGCAGACAGGGCCGACUGGUGUACUUGUCAACGUGAAAGUGACAAACAUGUAGUAAUCGCACAUUUUAAAAUGUUUUUGAAUGACUAUAUGUGAAGACUGACAUACAAUUAUGUCUUUAAGAUUAGUCGAACUUUUACAAUCGCUUCCGAUAUGUAGACUAUCACCGUUGACCUUCAGUAAGAUGCCUCUGGGUGGAAGACUAGGACAGACAUUAGUGCGUUCAUUUCACUCGAAUGCACACUAUUUUAGCCCAGCCACUGCUAAACUGUCACCACAACAGGUGAACGCUUACAUAAGACUUAAUGAACAGUCAAUUACCGGAGAGGGUGCUGUGAAAAGCUUCGACUGCAACCGUCUUCCUGCUAAUAAUCCAAUAGAAGACAGAGAUGCUUCAGCAAAACUGAAGAAUUCAAAACCUGGACAGUAUUUGUUCGGUGUAUUUGAUGGUCAUGGUGGCGACUUUUGCUCUCAGGCUGUUUGUGAACGACUUUACAAUUAUAUAUCGGUGACAAUGUCUCCACCAGAAAUACUUGAUGUGGUAAGGAAAACCAAUUAUGAUAUUUCUUCUCUUGUGGAUUGGUUGCAUGGGCCACAGAGUGUAUUCACAGAUGUCAUGGACAAUGUUUAUAAGGCAAAACUAGCAAAACUUGCAUCAGAGAUUCUUUCUCUUUCAGAAGAAACAACUAUAAAAGAAAAUCUUAUCAGUGCAUUUAAUUCCCUUGACCAUGAUCUAAUGAUUGAAGCCGCUCCCACUACUCUAAAUAGAGAGUUGCAAUUUAAUUCUAUGCAUAUGGCAUUUCAAGGAUCAUGUGCAUGUGUUGCAAUGUUAGAUGACACAGAUUUGUACAUUGCGAAUACAGGAGAUUGCAGGGCAGUUUUGGGAAUACAGGAUGAAGAUGGCUGGAAUGCUCUACCCUUGUCUCAAAUGCAUGAUGCUGCAAAUCCAUCUGAAAUCAGGAGACUUUUGCAAGUACAUCCUAAUGAAAGAGCUAAUAUGAUUCAGCAAGGAAGGCUUUUUGGGAUAUUAGCUCCUCUGCGGGCAUUUGGAGAUGCUCAAUUUAAGUGGUCUGCAAGAGAUUUGAAGCAUGUGGAAAGGACAAGUGCCUAUGAUAUUCCUAUUUAUGGCAAAACCUUGAUACCUAGAGGAUACCAAACUCCCCCUUAUGUUACUGCUGAGCCUGAAGUUAUCCACCAUACACUGACACCAAAAGAUAAGUUUCUCAUUAUAGCUUCAGAUGGACUUUGGGAACAAAUGCCAGCAGAAAAGGUUGUUCAAUUAGUUGGUGGUCACAAUAUAGGACAUCAAGUACCUGUGAACUUUCAGCCAAAUUCAAAUAUGAGUUUGAGAGACAUUAAUGAAGCACUCAACAAAAGAAAAAAUGACUUGAAGAAGAAACCACAGGAUGACAAUGUGUGCUCUUAUCUUCUGCGCCAUGCUCUUGGUCCAGAACACCAAAGAAUCUCAGAAACACUAUCUCUUGCCCCAGGAUAUGCCAGAUUUUACAGAGAUGACAUCUCAAUUAUUGUUGUUUAUUUUGACAGCGAAUACAUCAAAGACAAAUAUGUAACAUGACAUUUGAAUUCCAGAUUUCUCAUGGUCCCUAUAUAUAUUCAAUUUUGGAUUGAGUGUAACCUAACUACUGAUAUAUAUCUAUACAUAUAUAUAACCAAGUAUUGCAGACAACUAUAUAUAUGCAACAACUGCCAAUAAUGAUCCCAAAAAAUCCAAAUUUUAAAGAAAGUACAAAUAUAUAUUAUGUCAAUAUAUAUAGCACUAAGCAGUUUUGAAUAUUUAAAGAUUUGUAAUUACUUUUAGAUGUUCCAACCAAUUUGCUUGUAUCAUUUAGACAAGGUAUGGGAAUUGAAUGUCCAUAACUAUAUAUAUAUGUAAUUUUUUUAUUCAUUUAUACUAUUCAUAAUCAGAAUACCAUGUCCAUAGUUACUUGAUCUGUGUUCUUACAAUCAUUAAAAACAUUGAAGAUAAAUGUACACAUGAAUUAGGAGUCACUACAUGAUAUAAUUAGCUAAAAUGUAAGAUAUAUAUAUGUGACAAAGAUGUUAUGUAGUGUCAGCAGGGGUUAAUCUAGGAUUUGGGGAAAACUACCCAUUAUGAAAUUUGGUGGAAUUGAAGGGCUGC